AUGAGGAAAGUGAUUUCUUCUUCGCUAUGCUCUAGGUGUGGUAGGGAAGGGGAGACUACUAUGCAUGCUCUCUGGGUGAAGGUGGCAGGUGGCUCAUUUGCAGACUUUUUGGAGAAGGCUACUGAUGUUUUAACGGGAGGCUACAAAUCAGGUGGAUUAAACCACCUGUUGGACAAUUGGUUUUGCAUUGUGAUGGUCCUAUUAAGAGGAAUAGGAGGCGAAGAGGUGGACGAUUUGGUUCUUGAUUGCCAUGGUGAGUUUUGUUGCUGUUUUGCGGCUGUUGGCUCAGAUGGAUUUGAUAUUUUGGGAAUUGAGUUGGGGGCUAUUCGUAGCGGGCUACUUUUGGCAGUUGUAAAAGGUAUGGUUUAUUUGACUGUCGCUUCUAAUUCACAAGAAGCUGUGAAUAUGAUUAAUGGCACUAAUGGGUGGUUGAGUAAUGUGGGUAAUCUAGUUGAUGAUAUUCAGAUGCUGCUGGUGCAGUUGGGUAAUGCAAAGGUGGUUUAUCAGUCUUAUGAAGGUAAUAGUAUGGCUCAUGCUAUGGCUCAAUUUAGAAUAAGGGAAGGCAAUCAAUUUUUCUAG